AAAAGCAAAACACAUCCCUAACUCCCAACCUUCACGCUCUAAAACCAAAAAAAAAAAAAUAAUAAUAAUCCAAACGCUUGUCCUAUCGGCGACUCGCCUCUUAUAUAUUACCCUGAGGGGGGUCAAAUCUUUGACACCCCUCUCUGCGCACAAGAGAGCUUCUUUUUUCUCUGCCGUCAGCUCUGAUUUUCUUCCCCGAGCAAACAUGAGCUCAGUUGUGCAGGGGUUCACAAAGUCUCUCGCCAUGACUGUACUAUCCGAGAUCGGCGACAAGACCUUUUUCGCCGCAGCGAUCUUGGCAAUGCGUCACCCGAGAAGACUUGUUUUGUCUGGUUGCCUAGCUGCUUUGAUUGUGAUGACUAUUCUUUCUGCUGUUGUUGGCUGGGCUGCUCCAAAUCUGCUCUCUCGCACAUGGACUCAUCACAUAACAACUGUAUUGUUUUUUGGAUUUGGGUUAUGGUCCUUGUGGGAUGGAUUUACUGACAAAGGGGAGGCUGAAGAAUUGGCAGAAGUUGAAGCAAAAUUGGAUGCUGAUUGGAAAGCUAACACAGGAAUAACCAAAGAGGAUGUCAAGGCUGAUGAUGAAUUGAAGAAGCAGAGGCGAAUGUUUCUUGCACAGUUCUUCUCACCUAUAUUCUUGAAGGCAUUUUCCAUCACAUUCUUUGGUGAAUGGGGUGACAAGAGCCAGAUAGCUACCAUUGGCUUGGCUGCAGAUGAGAACCCAUUUGGCGUUGUACUUGGUGGAAUCGUAGGACAAGCACUCUGUACUACUGCUGCUGUUGUCGGAGGAAAAAGCUUGGCAUCUCAAAUAUCUGAGAAAAUAGUUGCCCUGUCAGGUGGAGUUCUUUUUAUUAUUUUUGGGAUCCAGUCCUUCCUUUCAACAGCUGAGUCAGGAGGCUCCUGAUCUUGCUAAUGGUUAGUAGUUCCAAAACAUUCACAACGUAGAAGUCACUGGCUAUUAAAUACUCAGGUGGGAAGAAAUAAUAAAAUACACUCUUUAUGUACUAAUUUGUGUAUGACUACAAAACGAAAGUCCAAUUGAGUAUUCAUAAUUGGUCGAGUGUUAGCAUUUUUGGUGGUGCGGAAUAGCAUCCAAGUUUCCUUCUCACUUCAGGCAUUAGCCACGGAGAAAUAAAGCCCCAAUAUGUCUCUCUAUUUGCAUCUUGGAGCGGUAUCUAGGAAUUGAUUUAGCGCUACUGCUCUUAAACUGGGAAGGCUUUCCUAUUGUUCAUCAUAUGAGAGAACUCCCAGGGUAUUACUGCACGCUGCCGCACACACAUGGUCAUGAUAGUGGAUGCUGGCUAACAUACUUUGUGCUGACAAAAACUGAUGAUUACCAUUUGUGGUUGCAUCUUUUCAGGGUUGAAAGCUGAUUAGGUGGAUUGAAAAGAUUUAGAAACAUUGAGAAUAUUGCCAUUAGCCAAUUCCACAGCAUUAUAUGAUUAUUUGAAAGCAAUUGUACAAUCAGAAACAAAACUGAUUCAAUUAGCUAAUUAACAUGUUUGAUUGACAUGAUCAAGCAGCAUGUUGUAUUAUUUGCAUUUUUGGCAAUGGCUGUCCAUUUGUUGCUGUUACAUCUGCUCCGUUUGGUGUAAGCUACUAAAAUAAGGAUUCUGUUGGAUACUGAAAUUCCUUAUUCCGUUAGUCAAUUUGAGGCACUUAAUUUGCUUCA